AUGUGCGCCAGCUGCCCGCUCACCUGUGUCACGCCGCCGCGCACGCAGCUCGCUGCCAGGGAGCUCGGCUCCUCGAGAGCACCGACGGACGACGAUCGGCUCCUCAGCAGUGGGACGCCGAGCUGGAGGCUCGGCCCGGAGCUCGCGCGGGCACGUGGAGCUUUCCGCUCGGGCCAGCAGGAAACGGGCGCCCCGCACAGCGACGCCCGCCGUAGAGUGCCGAGAGCUCGGCUCGACGCGAGCGCCGAGGAAAAGCGAUCGGCUCCGCAGCAGUGGGACGCCGAGCUGGAGGCUCGGGCGGGAGCUCGCGCGAGCACAUAG